GAGUGGGGCUGCAGUAUAUAAAGCCAGAUCAGACCAGAUCAGAUCAGACCGCACAGGAGUGAUCCCCACCUUUCUUCUUCUAGCUCAAACGUGACAACGAGAAUGCUGCGUUGGUUUGUAGCGUUGUGCGCGCUGGCCGGGUGCUGGGCGCAGGACUGUCAGGUGGCCAACGUCCAGGUCAUGCCGAACUUUGACCGAUCCCGGUACGUGGGAACUUGGUACGCCGUGGCCAAGAAGGACCCCGUGGGCCUGUUCCUCCGGGACAACAUCGUGGCCACCUUCGCCAUUAGGGAGGACGGCACAAUGACCGCCAGUGCGGAAGGCCGAGUCAUCAUCCUCAAUAACUGGGAGCUGUGCGCUAAGAUGUUCGCCACCUUCGAGGACACCCCCGACCCCGCCAAGUUCAAGAUGAAGUACUGGGGCGCAGCCACCCACCUCCAGACCGGAGAUGACUUGCACUGGGUGAUCGACACUGAUUACGAAAACUACGCCGUCCACUACUCGUGCCGGGAGAUCGACUACGACGGCACCUGCCUGGACGGAUACUCCUUCAUCUUCUCCCGCCACCCCACUGGCCUGCGGGCUGAGGACCAGCGCAUCGUGACUCAGAAGAAGAUGGAACUCUGUCUGCUUGGCAAAUACAGACGCGUCGAGCACAACGGUUAUUGCCAGAUAGAACCGCAGGCGUAAAAGUACAAAUGAACAUAUCAAUAAUAUAACAUUAAAGACAAAGGGGAGCUAUGUCGCUGGUCAGUAAUGGACAAUACUCACAAUACUACUGGUUGCGUGUUGAUUUCUUUUAACACUUUUCACCAGCAGAAGUAGAACUUUGACCUUCAACAUAGGCUUUAAGAACAUUAUUUCACCCGGAGACUUUCCUCCUUCUGGAAUGUCACUUUACACCUCAAUCGCGAGACGCGGAUCUUAAAGCUCAGACAUGGACAGUAUAUACCUAAAAUACUUCUCACCCUUACUUUGUGUAGUGACUUUGUACUUUGUUCUUCUGUAGCAGUUUUGGGUCAGCCGUACUACCUUGUGAAAUAAAAUAUUAUCACCAAACUGCUUCCUGUUUAAUUGCAGUGCCUUCUUACCAUUUAUUUUUUUUCAUUUGAAAAUGCCCAUGCAUUAUAAAGGGAGGCCUUCAUGGAAUAACUCAUUAAAUCUUGUGGUUUCAUUAUUUACGGGAGAAUGUUUGUAUAUCAAAAAUUGUAAGGUUUGUAUAUCAAAAAUCUAGAUAUAAAAACUCAAAAAGGUCGAUUCUUUACCAUUUAAUUUAGAAAUAUUAGGAUAAUAUCUGGGACAAACCUACAAGCAAGAUGACUUGGCAAAGAAAAUGUAUACAAUAUUCGUCUUUCGAUCAAAUGUCGGUUUUCCAAUCCAUGAACAUAAAAAUCACAAGUUCAUUUAUACGAUUUUCAGCUUUAUUGCACAGCACAGUAUAAAAAACCCAAACCAACCAAAAGCACUGGAGCAAAACAAUCCCGACACAUAACAGCAAAAUAUUUAAAUAUGAAUAAUAAAAAAAUAAAAUGUAGAUAUGCAUGUGUCUCUUAAAGGACAAUUCCGGUACAACCCCGUUCUGGUUUGUCUAGGGGGAAAUAGAGUUGUUAACAACGAAAUUUUGAAUAUUGGUCCUGUCUCGAGUAUUUGGCUAAUUUUGAAUCGCCCCUGCCUGCUUAACAAUGGCUGGCUAUGGGCAUUCACAAACCUGUCCUUAAAACAACCCUAAACGUUUGUUUUCAGAAAUGUGAAACUCAUCGAGUGGUUAGUGGUGUUCGUUGAUGUUCCUCAUCAAGUAUCGUAGCGAAAUACAGUUUCUGUCAUGUUUUAUUUGGCAUUUUGUAAAUAGGCAUUUGGUAAAUGCAAUGGAAACCGGACCGGAAACGGAAAGGGGGGGGGUGGUUGUAGUUUUUU